GUGUGAUACAUGAUACCAUAAUUUUGGAAUUCUUGAUUUCCAGGAGAAAUUAUUGAUUGCCAUAUGAGUCUCACGGAUGAUCCGGGAGACUUGACAUCUUGGCAUGUAUGCAUCUGCAUCUGUAUAUAUUUAUGUCUCCCCCUCCACUGGGGGAGACAUAUUAUUUUUGCCCUGUCUGUCCAUCCGUCCGUACGUCACACUUCAUUUCCGAUCAGUAACUGGAGAACCAUUUGACCUAGAACCUUCAAACUUCAUAGAUUGGUAGGGCUGCUGGAGUAGCCGACCCCUAUUGAUUUUGGGGUCACUCUGUCAAAGGUCAAGGUCACAGGGGCCUGAAAAUUGAAAACCAUUUCCGAUCAGUAACUUGAGAACCACUUGACCCAGAAUGUUGAAACUUCAUAGGAUGAUUGGUCUGAUUUUGGGGUCACUCUGUUAAAGGUCAAGGUUAAAGGGGCCUGAACAUGGAAAACAGUUUCCGAUCAAUAACUUGAGAACCACUUGACCCAGAAUGUUGCAACUUUAUAGGAUGAUUGGACAUGCAGAGUAAAUGACCCCAAAUGAUUAUAUUGGGUCACUUGAAGAAAGGUCAAGGUCACAGGAGCCUGAAUAAUAACUUGAGAACCACUAGGCCCAUAAUGUUGAAACUUAGUGGGAUGACUGGACAUGCCAAGUAGAUGAUCCGUAUUGCAGCCAACCAUCAGUUUCUGUUUGACUUUCGCUCUUGUCCCCUUUUGACUUCUUGCCUAUACAACUAUGCAUUGGGGGAGACAUGCGCUUUUUUACAAAAGGAUCUUCUAGUUUUUGUCUGCUGCUGUUUUGAAUAAAAGACAAUCAUUUCCAGCUUCCUGCUAUUCCCUUGUACCUAAAGUUACCUUUUAACCAGUUUACACUGAUGGUCUUCACAGGUUCCUCACGGGCAAUGUCUGAGAACAUAGACUAACUCACUAAGUAGUGAAGAUACAAUGUAGUAUGGCAGCAGAAUUUUUACUGGAAAUAUUAAAUCUACAUUGUUGAUGUUGUAGAUUAUCAGAUCCUAGAUGGUAGCUAGAUGCUCCAGCAGGAGUUUAAUGAGGAACCUGUAGCAAAUUUCUGUAGGACUCUGAUCACAGUGAAGGCAGUAAAUGUAGUUAAGAGCUAAUUACAGUGAAGGUAUUCAGUGUAGUAAGGAGCUUAUCAAGGUGAUGGUAGCUGAUGUAGCAGUGAAGGCAUAACUUAGAUAUAUCAGCCACAGGGGAAAAUGUCACAGCCUCAGUCUGAUGUUAGAAAUGAGUCUCAAGGUCAACAGGACACUGAAGGUCAAGGUCAGUUGGUUGCUAAGCAUUACAAUGAGUUACAAGAGGCAGGGAGAGAUGUGCGCACAGAGAGUAGAAUCUUCUAUAUGAGAAAUUUUAACAACUGGAUCAAAAGUGUUGUCAUUGCUGAAACGUUGCAGCGUUUAAAGCAAGAGCGGGGACAUGACCGAGAUAUUGCAGUGCUGGACCUGUGUUCGGGAAAGGGAGGCGAUCUACUCAAAUGGAAAAGGGGAAAUAUAAAAAGUAUUGUCUGUGCAGAUAUUGCAGGAACUUCUGUAGAGCAGUCUGAAAAUCGUUACAGAGAUAUGGUCGACAGAAAAAGAUUUAAAGACAGAGUUUUCUCUGCGGAAUUUAUCACAGCAGAUUGUUCCAAGGCCAGAUUAAAGGAUAAGUAUAAAGAUAGAGAUGUUACGUUUGACAUCUGCAGCUGUCAGUUUUCAUUCCACUAUUGCUUCGAGAGUCUAACACAAGCGGAAAUGAUGUUACAGAAUGCUGUCGAGUCUCUCAAACUUGGAGGUUUCUUCAUUGGAACAACGCCAAACUCACAGGAACUUGUUCGAAGAUUGAGAGACUCCAAGGAUAUGUCAUUCGGCAAUGAAGUAUAUCGUGUGACCUUUGACCUCGAUGAUAAAACCAACUUGCCAUUAUUUGGUUGCAAGUACAAUUUCCAUCUCGAGGGUGUUGUGGACUGCCCAGAAUUUCUAGUUUUCUUUCCAGUACUUGAAAAAAUGGCAGAAAAACAUGGUAUGAAACUGGUAUAUAAAACACCAUUUGCUGAGUUUUUCAACAAACAGGUAGAAGAUCGGGAACAUAAGAAUCUCCUUGGCAGAAUGCAAGCAUUAGAGUCAUAUCCCCCAGAGGAAGGUGGCAAGGUGAUGGGACUCGAGGAUGGUGAUUAUGAUCAUGUAAAAUCAUUUGUGGAGGACUUACAGAAAUCUCAGACUCGGGAUUCACAACGAAGCAAUAGACCCAUCACUGUGGGUACAUUAUCGAAGGCAGAAUGGGAGGCUGUCACCAUAUACUGUGUGUUCAUGUUCCAAAAGGUUCGAGAUCUCGAGACAGGUGAAGAAUGGACGUGUGCCACAACAACAGAUAGUUCUCGUAAACGCCCAGCAGAAGAGGCGUCACAUACUGACCCUCCGAAAGUUAGUAAGAACACCUAGCAGUAACUAAGUAGUGACUGCAAUUUUGAACAUCACAUUGGGAAAAAAAAUGGUGCUAGUACUGGAUAGCUUCUACAGAACAUUUCAGCUUUUAAAGGAAUGCUGAAUAACUUCUGCAGAUAACACAGGUGGACUUAACUCAACAGUUAAAUGGGAUUGGUUUGGAGAUUUUGGAGCAUCUGUCAAGUGAUGUGCAGAUUAAAAUACAUUGAAUUACAUUGUGUACAUUUGGGCAAUUUCUUUUGGGACUGUUUGUGAAGCCUAGGUAGCAAAGAAUUAAAUGAACUUGACUGGUUUUGAACAACAGCGCUAGCCACAAACUGUUGUGUGGAUCAAACUGUGGUGACUAGUACCUGAAAUUCAGUGGAACACAGAAGUCAUAGUGCACCAGUUAAUAUAUAUCAGAGGACUUGAUUAGAAUUCUCGUUAUUGUGUGCUUCCUGUUUCACCUACAUAGUCCAAAUAUGGUAACUAGUUCAUACUAUAGUCCCAGGUGAAAGUGCCCUUUUUAUGGACAGAAUUCUUACUAUCAGUGAAGAGCUGUGCUCUUGAACUUAAGUCAAGGUUGUAAAAAUUGAUCAAGGAGACAAAAUGCAGUCUUGCCAUUGGUUGAUAAUUUAAACAUAGGGGUCAAAAACAGCCGAUUUUGAGACUGGUUGCCAGUCAACUAAAUACCCUUCAACUCUGGGUUUUGCAUUACUUCAUUGAAAAUUAAUAUUCAGACUAAAUUAAAAUUGCAAUACGUUAUCAGGUAAAUGUCAAGUUUUAAUGUAAGAAUGUUUUAUUUUGAUUAAUGUUCUGUGUACUUAAAGUCAACAAGAAUAAAAUUAUUAUGUUAAGUA